AAAUUAAAAAAAUAUGUUCAACAAAUCUUUUACAAAACAUCAAUUGCAAACUAAAAAUGAGUGCCCCGAUGACGUUUCAGUUCAUAGAAAUUGAUGGAAAUGGAUUUUGUUUGUAUGCUCUGUCAAAAAAAUCUAAUAUGGCGCCCGCUGGCUUUCGGCUGUGAGACGAUUAUUUGCCAGCGACGCCUGUAAAAAAAUUUAAAUAAGCAACAACAGUGAUUAAAGUAGUGUUAUUUAAGUAGCUAAUUUAAUUAUUAAGUGAUUAGUGACAUUGAAAUUUCAAAAGGACCCGUGAAAAAUGUACGAUGAUAGACGAGGUGGUCGCGGCGGUGGAGGACGCGGUGGAGGCCGAGGCAGGGGCGGAGGUCGUGGCGGCGGAGGUAGUUUCCGCGGCGGUCGUUCUGAUGACAGAUCUGCCGAUCGCAGCCGCGGCGGCGGUCGCGGAGGGCGCGGCGGUAGAGACGGGGGACGCGAUGGCCGCGACGGCGGCGGGCGCGGCUUCAGCGGCCGCGGACGCGACGACUUUCGUAGCAACUUCAAAAACGAUCAACCGGGCAGUGGCCUUAGGAAAAUCCGUUGGGACAAUGUACAGCUUACGCCAUUCCAGAAGAACUUCUAUGUGCCCCAUCCGAACGUACAGAGACGCACACCGGCCGAAAUAGAAGCAUACAGGAGCCAAAAUCAGAUUACAGUGCGCGGCAGGGAGGUUCCUGCCCCUAGUAUGUACUUUGAAGAAGGUGGUUUUCCUGAUUAUGCUAUGAAAGAGAUUCUGAAACAAGGGUUCCCACACCCCACUCCUAUUCAAGCUCAGGGUUGGCCGAUUGCUCUCUCUGGACGUGACAUGGUGGGAAUUGCACAAACAGGCUCGGGGAAAACAUUGGCAUACAUUUUGCCCGCUAUUGUGCACAUAAUAAAUCAACCUAGAUUACUGAGGGAUGAAGGUCCAAUUGUACUUGUGUUGGCACCAACUAGAGAGUUGGCUCAACAGAUACAGCAGGUGGCCAAUGAUUUCGGCCAAAGUGUCCAAGUAAGGAAUACAUGUGUGUUCGGUGGGGCUCCAAAGGGGCCUCAGGGGCGCUGUCUGGAGAGGGGUGUGGAGAUAGUGAUUGCUACACCGGGAAGACUGAUAGACUUUUUAGAAAAAGAUACAACAAAUCUCAAGAGAUGCACAUAUUUGGUGCUAGAUGAAGCAGACAGAAUGUUGGACAUGGGCUUUGAGCCUCAGAUCCGAAAGAUUAUUGAACAAAUAAGGCCAGACAGGCAGGUACUUAUGUGGUCCGCUACUUGGCCGAAAGAAGUCCAGAAUCUUGCUGAGGAGUUCCUACAUGAUUACAUCCAGAUCAACAUUGGCUCACUGUCGCUUUCAGCCAAUCACAAUAUCCUACAGAUAGUCGAUGUUUGUGAGGAAUGGGAGAAGAAUGAUAAACUCAUUACUCUGCUAACUGAAAUUUCAUCUGAGGAGGAAACUAAAACAAUAAUUUUUGCUGAAACUAAGAGAAAGGUGGAUGAUAUAACAAAAGCUAUUAAUCGCGCGGGCUGGCGAGCUCUCGCCAUUCACGGUGAUAAGAAUCAACUCGACCGCGACUACGUACUCAAUCAGUUCCGCCAAUCCAGUGGCGGGAUUCUGGUCGCCACAGAUGUCGCCGCUAGAGGAUUAGACGUGGAAGAUGUGAAAUUUGUGAUAAAUUAUGACUAUCCAAAUAAUUCUGAGGACUAUGUGCAUCGUAUCGGGCGCACCGGUCGGUCUCAAAACACUGGCACGGCUUAUACGCUGUUCACACCUAACAACUCGGCCAAGGCAAAGGACUUGAUGUCAGUACUGCAGGAAGCGAAUCAAGUAGUUAAUCCCAAAUUGUUGGAGCUAGCUCAAUGUGGAAUGGGAUUCAAAGGAAAAUAUGGUCGUGGUCGUUUCCGUGAUCGCGACGAGAGCGAUGGUCGCGGUCGCGGCGGUGGUCGCGGGGGAGGCCGGGGAGGCCGCGGGGGGUCCAGAUUCGGGGAGCGGGGAGGAGGUUCUCGCUGGGACAAUUCCGACUCCGGGUCCGGGUUCAACGGCCGACAAAGCUUCGGCAACAAAGAUGGCGGCGGCGGCGGAUCAGGGUUCAGCCGCGAGAACUCUUCCAGCAACUUCCGUCAGGACAACGGGUUCCGUGGCAGGGGAGGGAGGGGCGGCGCGGGCAGCGGGGGCCGGGGCAGGGGGGGAGCGGGCUACGGGCAGGGGGGGGGGUAUGGCGGCAACCAGGGAUCGGGAGGAUAUCAGAACUCGGGUUAUCAGAACUCAGGUGGCAGUGGUGGUUUCAAGAGCCAAUCCACAGGCUACCAGCAGCAAGCCCAGAACUUCAACGUCCCUCCACCGAGCAGCUACUACAAUAUGUACUCGCAGCCUCCACCACCACCGGGCAACAAAUUCACCCCCAAAUGAAAGCAGACCGGAACAAAUCCUUAACAUAUCCGUGCUCGUGUAUUUUAAAUUCUCACGGGCUCUUACAAUCUUUUCUACUUGUCAGAUAAAAGUGAGUUUUUAUCAUUUUUAUUGUCGGUUCAUCUCAAGUUAUUUUUGUGACAGUUUUCGAAUUAAAUAGUAAAAGAAAUAUUUUAUUAAGUUACAUUUAAAUAUCUGUUAUGCUUUGUACUCUAUAAUUUUUCUCACUGUUAGUAAAAUUAAGGUUGCUUUUCUAAUGGUUUGUCGAAAAAGUGUUUUAGAAAUCAAGACAAUUUUUUUUUUUCAUGUUUUAUUCUCAUAAAUUCUUUUCUUUUAAAUUACUGGGAGAAUUUUGAUAAGUUUUACCGCUUUUAAUGGAUUCAAGCGAAUUAUCAAAUCUGUUAGGUUAGUAUAAUAAUUGAAAUGUAAUUAGGAAUCAGAGAAAAAAACCUUUGCGAUACAAAAUGUUCUGUCAUACUUUCUUCUUUUAUUUCUUCCAUACUAUUUGUCCCAAUAGAAGUUACAUUCCUAUUGUACAUGAUUUUAAAAAGAGCAGUAUAUUGUAUUAAUGUGCAAUUCGUGUAAUAAAAAUUAUAAAUAGAG